AUGGGCAAAAGCAGUGCCUUUAAAAGUGAUAAUGCCUUGUACUUCAAAUGCAAGACUGUGGUCAAGCUCUGUGAUAAGUACAACAUCUGGCAUUCAUUUUUUGCAAGUUAUAGUCCACAAUCCAAUGGCCAAGCUGAGGCAUUUAACAAGGUUCUUUGCAACAUUCUCAAAAAGAUCGUUUCAGGAACCAAGAAAGAUUGGCAUGAACAUCUCCCGGAGGCAUUAUGGGCUUACAGGACGACUGUUCGCACAUCAAUUGGAUGCACUCCAUAUAGUUUGGUCUAUGGAUCAGAAGCAAUAUUACCAUUGGAAAUUCCAUUACCUUCUUUGAGGGUAGCCACACAUCUAGUCAACCCAGAUGAAAAUGUGAAGGUCAUGCUAGCUGAGCUAGAGGCACUGGACAAAAACGCCUCUCCAUGCAACACAAACUCAAAGUUUACCAAGCUCAAAUGGCAGGUGCUUUCAAUAGAAAGGUCAAAUUCAUGUCAUUUUCCAUUGAAGAUUUAG